AGCUAAUGGCCACCUGAACUCAAAACAACCUUCCAAGUUACAACCCAACAAAUAACAAGCUGCCGCUUAUAAAAACAAAAGGCUUGCUGCUGAAAUCCCGUCCCGUGCGUUCUCCUGGGUUAGGUUGCCAACUAUCUCCACCGAUUUCGGUUUCCGUAACCCUUGGACCAUGGAACCACGGGCUCAACAACCGCCGCGAUCAUCUCCUCCGGCGAGAACCCCAUCCACCACACUCGCCAGAACUCCCUCCGCCACCCUCCCCACCACCCUUCUCAAUAGGUAUGAACUUGUUAGAUUAUUGGGUCGCGGCAGCUUUGCAAAGGUUUAUUCUGCUCGUUCAUUGGUGGACAACAAUAUGGUGGCGAUCAAAAUAAUUGAUAAAACAAAGACGGUGGAUGCUGCGAUGGAGCCCCGGAUCAUAUGUGAGAUCUCCGCCAUGCGACGCCUUCAACAUCAUCCUAAUAUUCUUAAAAUACAUGAAGUGAUGGCUACCAAGACUAAAAUUUACUUGGUAAUGGAGCUUGCCCUAGGCGGCGAGCUGUUCUCCAAAGUUCUCCAGCGUGGCAAACUAAAAGAAUCUAAGGCUCGCUGGUUCUUUCAACAGCUCGUCUCAGCUCUCCAUUUUUGCCACCAGAAUGGAGUCGCUCACCGUGACGUUAAGCCUCAGAAUCUUCUCCUCGACGAAAAUGGUAAUCUUAAAGUAUCUGAUUUCGGUCUGUCGGCGUUGGCUGAGAUCCAAAACGACAGCUGUGUCCUCCAGACGGCUUGUGGAACACCAGCUUUCACGGCGCCGGAGGUGAUGGCACGGCGGGGUUACGAGGGUCCGAAAGUGGAUGCGUGGUCUUGUGGAGUAAUUCUCUUCUUUCUGCUGUCAGCUAAGUUGCCGUUUGAUGAUAGUAAUCUCGCAGUCAUGUAUAAGAAAAUUCAUAAAAGAGACUAUCAAAUGCCUACUCCAAUCUCAAAAUCAGCUAAAUCGAUCAUAACACAGCUUCUUGACCCGAAUCCCACUACCAGAAUGAGCAUAGAACAGCUAAUGAAUCAUUCCUGGUUCAUGAAAAACUAUGAGUUACCAACUCAAAGUAGCGUUUUCGAAUUGGAAAAUAACAAAUUUUUUAAAUUUGAUAACUCGGGUGUUAAUGCAUUUGAUAUAAUAUCCUUAUCUUCAGGGUUGGAUCUAUCAGGGCUUUUUGAGGCUACAAAUAGAACAGAAAAGAGAUUUACUUCAGCGGAGAAGGUGGAAAGAAUUAUGGAGAGGGUAAGAGAGGUUGGUGGAGGACUAGGGUAUAGAAUUGAGGAAGGGAAGGGUGGAGCAAUUGGGCUAGGGAAAGGUCGAGUAGUUUUGGUGUUUGAAGUGUUGGAGAUAGCAGAGAGGCUAAUGGUGGUGGAAGUUAAGGUGGUGGGUGUUGGUUGUGGUGGUGGUGGGUUAGAGUUUGAGGAGGAUGAAUGGGGGCAGUUGAAGGAUGGGCUUCAAGAUGUUGUUCUUCAAUGGCAUAAUUGACACGGUACGAAAUAAUAGAGUGUAUGCUCUAAUGGAAAACAAGAUGAUCUUUGUAUAUUGGAAAAUUCCUUAAUUUCAGUCUAGAUUUUAGUUUUAAACUUGUAUUAGAUUUGUUUUUUGAUCUUUCCUUUUCUACGUUUGUAAAUUUAGUCUCGAUUUUAGUUGGAUUGGGAUUUUACUUCUGUUUGCGUUUUUGGUUUGGCAUAUGGCAUAAAAGCAGUACCUUUGUAACAAGAACUGCAGGUUUAUGUUUCAGUAACCAUAAAAGCUUUGUUUGAUAUAAAUAAUGUGGCUUCCGUGUCAAGGUUCAACUA